AUGCUGCCGCGGUCGCUGUUGAGUUCAGCCACCGCGCUGUUUCUCUCAUCUCUCACGUCUCCAGCAAGUGCCCAGCUAUACACGGCAUGUAAUCCGACUUUGAAGGACUGCCCUGCCGACCCGGCUUUCGGAACUGCUCACACAUUCAACUUCAAUGCAACGCCGCCAACCGGUCUUUGGAACACUUCGGCAGGUUCUGUUGGUUACGACGCUGAGAAUGGUGCCUCCUUCACCAUUUCCAAGAAGGGUUAUUCCCCAACCUUGACCUCCAACUUUUAUUUCUUCUGGGGCAGGACCGAAGUCAUCAUGAAGGCUGCCAAUGGCACAGGUAUCAUCAGCUCGAUCGUGUACGGUAGCGACGACUUGGACGAGGUCGAUUGGGAAUUCAGAGGCGUUGAUACGGCUAUUGCUCAGUCAAACUACUAUGGCAAGGGCGUCACCAACAGCAGCAGUGGCGCAUCCCACACAGUCAGUGGAAAUAUUCAGACCGAGUGGCACAAUUACACCAACGUUUGGACAAAGGACAAGUUGGAAUGGUGGAUCGAUGGCACGCUCGCCCGUACGCUACUGCCGGCCGCCGCCAAUGAUUCCAGAAACUAUCCUCAGACACCAAUGAAGCUUUCGCUUGGUAUCUGGGCUGGCGGUGACAGCAGUCAAGCAGCUGGGACAAUCGAAUGGGCCGGCGGUGCCACUGAUUAUGACGCUGGUCCUUAUACCAUGUACGUCAAGAGCGCCAGAGUGGAAGAUUACUCGUCGGGCAAGGAAUACGUCUACGGUGACCGAACUGGUGACUAUACAAGCAUCAAGAUCACGGAUCCCGAUUCCAACUCAACUGCGGUCGAUAACCUCAACAAUGCCGCUACUGCAGAUGACGAUGAGUCGCUCAGCGAAAAGUGGGAUAACUUGUCAUCGGGUGCCAAAGCUGGUGUAUAUGCUGGAGCUGCUGGCGUCGUUGGACUGGCACUGGCUGCUUUGCUGGUCUACUACUUCAAGCAGAGACGCCGAGGUCAGCAGGAAGCUGCCACUUAUGCCGCGAACCAGGAGCGAGAGCGACUCGAGCUCGAGCAGUUCAAGAAGGAAGGCAGAAACCCGGAUUCGCUCGCCUACGAGGGUACAGAGUAUAAUGCGGCCACCAUGGGCAAAACGCCAGUAGUAUCGACUGCUGCGUACAACAUCCCCGACUCCCGGAGCAACUCGCUGCGAAGUCUCCACGGACCUGAGACCACAUCGGAUGGUUGGGACCCGACCUCAUCUGGAAUGGGUUCGCCAGGAGCGCGGGCUGCUGCUACUGUUCCCCUGAUGCAGGACUCCCCUCAGAGCCCUACCUAUGGUAACCCAUCCCGCAACAACAGCUACGGGCCAAUGUCGCCAGUGCACCCGCAAAGUCCGGGCGGACCUCCUCAGUACCCCCUGCCAGCCUCGCCAGGAGCACGCAACAUGUCCAUGCCCAAUCCUUCUAUGAGAAUGGGCUCCCCAGGGCCGCAAGCGGGAGGGUACAGUGCUAUGGACAGGACGGGAAGCCCAGGUCCGAUGAACCGCAGCUUUAGCUCGCCUAGAAAUCCCGGCGGAGACGAUGGAUACUGGAAUGGUGGCGGUCACAGGUGA